AUGUUCAAGCUAACGAUGCUGAUGGGCCUGGCCCUCGUCCUGGCCCCUUCAGCGAUCCAGGCCAAGUCCCUGUGCCGCAGCAGCGGCUACUUCGCCCUAGUGGAUAACACACCCGACUUCUAUGCCUGCCAGUCCACCGCCUACGGUGGCUACUCCAUGCGCUUCCUGCGCUGCCCCGCUGGUCUGGUCUUCAGCUCCUCGAUGGCCCAGUGCGUCCAGUCCAUUGAUGCUUUCGAGGCUCGUGAUGGCAGCAACAUCGAGAACCCCACCAUUCCGCCGAGCAACCUGGAUGAGAGCACCACCAAUAAACCAGCCACUGAGGCACCUGGCACCACUGAGAAACCAGCUACGGAGGCUCCUGGAACCACUGAGAAACCAGCUACGGAUGCUCCUGGAACCACUGAAAAGCCCGCCACCGAUGCUCCCGGCACCACCGAAAAACCAGCUACUGAUGCUCCCGGCACCACGCAAGAACCAACCACGGAGGCACCUGGAACCACUGACAAACCAGCUACGGAUGCUCCUGGAACCACCGAAAAGCCCGCCACCGAUGCUCCCGGCACCACCGAAAAACCAGCUACUGAUGCUCCCGGCACCACGCAAAAACCAACCACGGAUGCACCUGGAACCACUGAGAAUCCAGAAACUACUGAUGCUCCCACUACCGACGAGCCGUCGACCGCUGAGACCAGUACCGAUGAGCCCAACACCGAGACCACUGGAAGCGGCGACGAGACGACCACCAGCGACGGCGGGGUAGCCACCCCCGAGGACAAUGUGUGCGCCACCACCGGCAUGUUCCCGACGGGCAGCUGCUCGCAGUUCAUCGUCUGCAGCUUCGCCGACGGGGGCGAGCUGAAGGCCUACACGAAGAAGUGUCCCGGCGAGAUGCAGUUCGAUCCCUCCGAAAGAGUUUGCUCCGCGUAUUACGACUGCAACGCAAGAAACUAA